CUUGGUCUGCCUGAUAGGCCCUAUACGAAAGAUGUAGUAGGGAAAAGGAGCGACAGCUGGCUAAAGGGGCCCCCCACAACCCUCCCCAACACUCUAGGAGAGCAACCUCUCUCCGCUGGUCCCGGGGUGUCAUGGAGAUGGAGAGCAUGGCGGCCUCCACACGUUUCCACCAGCCUCACAUGGAGAGGAAGAUGAGUGCGAUGACCUGUGAGAUCUUCAACGAGCUUAGGCUAGAGGGCAAGCUCUGCGACGUGGUCAUCAAGGUCAAUGGCUUUGAGUUCAAUGCCCACAAGAACAUCCUCUGUAGCUGCAGUUCCUACUUUAGAGCUUUGUUUACAAGUGGCUGGAACAACACUGAAAAAAAGGUAUACAACAUCCCUGGCAUUUCCCCCGACAUGAUGAAGCUAAUCAUCGAGUAUGCGUACACCCGGACCGUGCCUAUCACACCGGACAAUGUGGAGAAACUGCUUGCUGCUGCAGACCAAUUUAACAUCAUGGGUAUUGUCAGGGGUUGCUGCGAGUUCCUCAAGUCGGAGCUGUGCUUGGAUAAUUGUAUCGGCAUCUGUAAGUUCACCGACUACUACUACUGUCCUGAGCUGAGGCAGAAGGCCUACAUGUUCAUACUGCACAACUUCGAGGAGAUGGUGAAAGUCUCUGCGGAAUUUUUAGAGCUCUCAGUCACUGAACUUAAGGAUAUUAUCGAGAAAGAUGAGCUCAAUGUCAAACAGGAAGAUGCUGUAUUUGAGGCCAUUUUAAAGUGGAUUUCCCAUGACCCCCAAAAUAGAAAGCAGCACAUUUCAGUUUUGCUUCCUAAGGUUCGCCUGGCCCUAAUGCAUGCUGAAUACUUCAUGAACAACGUUAAGAUGAAUGACUAUGUCAAAGACAGUGAGGAAUGCAAACCAGUCAUCAUUAAUGCCCUAAAAGCCAUGUAUGACCUCAACAUGAAUGGACCCUCUAAUUCUGAUUUCACCAACCCACUCACCAGACCCCGCUUGCCCUAUGCCAUCCUCUUUGCAAUUGGUGGCUGGAGUGGUGGAAGCCCCACCAAUGCCAUUGAGGCAUAUGACGCUCGGGCAGACAGAUGGGUGAACGUUACUUGUGAGGAAGAGAGUCCCCGUGCCUACCAUGGGGCAGCCUAUUUGAAAGGCUAUGUGUAUAUCAUUGGGGGGUUUGAUAGUGUAGACUAUUUCAAUAGCGUUAAACGUUUUGACCCAGUCAAGAAAACUUGGCAUCAGGUAGCCCCAAUGCACUCCAGACGUUGCUAUGUCAGUGUGACAGUCCUCAGCAAUUUUAUUUAUGCCAUGGGAGGAUUUGAUGGCUACGUGCGUCUAAACACUGCUGAACGUUAUGAACCAGAGACCAAUCAAUGGACACUCAUCGCUCCCAUGCACGAACAGAGGAGCGAUGCAAGUGCCACAACGCUCUAUGGGAAGGUCUACAUAUGUGGUGGGUUUAAUGGAAACGAGUGCCUGUUUACAGCAGAAGUGUACAACACUGAAAGUAAUCAGUGGACGGUCAUAGCACCCAUGAGAAGCAGGAGGAGUGGAAUAGGCGUGAUUGCUUAUGGAGAACAUGUAUAUGCGGUAGGUGGCUUUGAUGGAGCGAAUCGCCUUAGGAGUGCAGAAGCCUAUAGCCCAGUGGCUAACACUUGGCGCACAAUCCCCACUAUGUUUAAUCCUCGUAGCAAUUUUGGCAUCGAGGUGGUGGACGACCUCUUGUUUGUGGUGGGUGGCUUCAACGGCUUUACCACCACCUUUAACGUUGAGUGCUAUGAUGAAAAGACCGACGAGUGGUAUGAUGCUCAUGACAUGAGCAUAUACCGCAGUGCUCUGAGCUGCUGUGUGGUACCAGGGCUGGCCAAUGUUGGGGAAUAUGCAGCUAGACGGGACAACUUCCCAGGAUUAGCACUGCGAGAUGAAGUAAAGUAUUCUGCUUCGACAAGUACCCUACCUGUAUGAGCCUCUUCAUUUAGCUAAUAAAAAGUCUAAGCAAUAAGAAUUAAUUCCUUUUUUUUUUUUUUAAAUAAAUGCAGUGUUUAAACUUUGAAGAGUACUGGAAAAUGUUCAGCUGAAGGGAGUGAUGGAUGAGGGGGUGGGAGGGAGGGAAGAAGGCAAUGAUAUCCAACAGUGCAUAAUUAAAGAAGAAAAACCACAUGGUACAAACCAGCUUUAAAGAAGCAUGUUUAUUUAAAACUUACACUGAGACAAUUAGUAGCUUUAACAGAGAACAAGAUAGCUUCAUGAACAUAAAACAAGCUAUUGUACAAAGUAAUGUCUCAAGGUGUUCUAAAUACUACAUCUCCUCUGACUUAAAGGGAGAUAGUGAAGAUUGUAUUUUCAGUAGAGUAGGGACCUAGAUACUACUAGCCCAAAAAACUCACUGCAUCAACUCAAACUAAAUGUUUAUUUUACAAAUAACAAGCCCAAGCAGAUGGAUCAUAAAAUCUUCAAACAUCUAGCAAGCACUACUUCCCACGAGUGCAUUACGCAGGAGGAUUAACAAAUGCUCUAGUCUGUCUGUGCUUCAACGUAAGCCAUUUGUAGUGAUGGUCACUGAGUAAGACAAAAAAAAAAAGCCCUACAAAUGUAAUCAACAAACAGCAGUGAUUUUGCCAUCUAAUUAAAUUCCUUGAAGCAAAAUCGCUACUAGGUUAUAUUACUGUUAUUAUAUUACAUCACUCAACUAUGAGCUGUUCUGUUUCCAAUGACCAGAACAUACAUUAUAAUAACAAAAACAAAAAAUGGACUAUUCUCAAGAAAGUAACAAAAUGGAGUGAUGAACUGUGCCAAAAUGUUUCAGAGAUCAGGUAAGACUGAAUUGUUUCUCAAGUAUUUUACAGUUAAAGCACCCUCUGGUAUAGACAGAGUACUUGCUUUACAAUAAUGUAUACUUUCAAAGACAUGAAAUGUGGCCAGUAUAUUAUAUUUAAACUUGAGAAAAGUACCCAAAGAAAGGUCCCUUUAGUUAUGCUUGAUUAAGACCAAACAACUAAAAUAUACAAUUCGGCUUAUUUGUCUACAUAUAUAGUGUUGCUAUUAGAAUUACGAAGCAGAAAAUGAAGAAUUUUAAAACAUACCACAUGCUACACUAGUCAAGAGGUAACGACGAAAAGUGAGCCCUAGAAACUGCCUUACCAGCAGCCUGAUGGGUUUUAAAACACAAAAGCACACAAAUCUUCCAUAAACACUAUCUUUCCAGCUUCAAAUUUCUGUUCCGUAUUAAAAAAGUAUAUUUAAAUUUUUUGGUCCCAGGAAUACUAUAUAAAACCAGGUGAUCAAAACAAAACUGAUGUCAUGAAUUUUAAGAGUUUUUAGCAGAAAAGUUAUUUUUGAACUGGCACAGCAAAAACAAAGUUGAAUAUCAAGAUACACAAGACUAAUCAUGCAAACAACCGUAAGUGGGAUGUGUUACUUAAACACUAAGCUCAUGACUGACAUUCUCAAUAUACACCACUGAUUUUUUUAAGCCAUGGUGGGGUAGAUAUAGUUCAAGGAUACCCAUUCUAAGAUAUAAGUAGCCUCACUCAAAGUUAUAUAUACAUAUUAUUUUUUGGUAUAAUGACUUCCUCUCUCUUCUACAAACAUAAGCAAAAGCAACAGCAACAGCAACAAAACAAAGGUUUGCUUGAACACACAUUAAGCUGUCUUUCUAAAGUCAUGUUUUUAACUGCUUACAUUACCAAAAACCAUCUUUUAAGUUUUCAUCAAAAAGGAAAUUUCUUUCCCAAGGAGCUAUUUUAGGCCUGAUCCUUGUAAUUAGAAUCUUUUCCAAUACUCUGGCAAGUUAUUUCCAGUUUAGAAUUUCAGAAUGUCAGCCUUGAACAAUUUAAGCAAAUCUGGUUUCUUUCCUUAUUAACAAGUUAGUUAGGAUAUUUCAGAAACACAAGUUAUUGAUGUGACAUCACACAUGUGAAUUCAAAUAUAAAAAUCAGAAAUUCCAGAAAACCUGCACACAUCAUCAUGCAAUGAAGGACUUACCCCUUCUUUUCAGCCAUGGCCUAGGCUGCCUGCUAAGUUAAAAAACAACAGUUUCAAUAAAGGUUUUAAAACCAGAUUAUGCCUAAAUCUUAUGAGUUAUAAUUUUUGUCAUACCAUAUGAAAAAAACACAACCCCACCAAAGACUUGGUAAUGAUUAUCUCAGAAGACAACUCUGAGAACAA